AUUUAUUUGACAAGUAAUAGUAAUAGACACGCAAACCAUCCUCUCCUCUCCUCCUCGUACAUUUUGUUCUGUUUUAUUCUUUCUUCUUCUCUUCUCAUCAAGUAAACAUUUAGUCCACAACACACACUUGUCCACUUCAUCAUCUUCAUCAAAUACCCAAAAAGGUUCAAGCUAACACAAAUCUCAUCAAAUGCUGAAACUCUUCACAGGGUAGUUUGUGACAAAAUACUGUUCUUGAGACUUAGAUUGCUGCUGGAAUAUGAUAUCGUUUUUCACUACUAACUGAGAUUAAUUUAUUGGAAGAUCUUUCUCUUGAAAAAAGAUGGCAGCUGAGUUAGUCAAUGCUGCAACGAGCGAAAAAUUGGCUGAAACUGAUUGGGCAAAAAAUAUUGAAAUAUGCGAGCUGGUUGCACGUGAUAAAAGGCAAGCUAGAGAUGUUGUUAAAGCUAUCAAGAAGAAACUCGGCAGCAAACACCCCAAUACUCAACUUUAUGCUGUCACGUUGCUGGAGAUGUUGAUGAACAAUACUGGAGAGCAUAUUCAUGAGCAGGUGAUUGAUGUCGGAGUUAUUCCUAUUCUUGUGAAAAUUGUGAAGAAAAAGUCUGAUUUGCCUGUGAGGGAGAGGAUAUUUCUCCUACUAGAUGCUAUGCAAUCAUCCCUCGGUGGUGCUUCUGGAAAAUUUCCUCAGUAUUAUAAUGCAUAUUAUGAUUUGGUGAAUGCUGGAGUGCAGUUUCCUCAAAGUGGUCAAGUGGUCCAAUCAAAUCAUGCUAGUUCACAACCUAGCAGGACCGGUAGUGUACCAAACAGGGAGCAGGCGUCACCUAGACAUGAAGCGGUUAUACCGCAAGCAGAGUCCCAAACAGUUCCUGAAUCUAGCAUCAUUCAAAAGGCUGGUAAUGCAUUGGAAGUUUUAAAUGAAGUCCUUGAUGCUGUUGAUGCUCAAAAUCCUCAGGGAGCAAGUGAUGAAUUCACCCUUGACCUUGUAGAACAAUGUUCGUUUCAGAAGCAAAGGGUAAUGCAUCUUGUGAUGGCUUCUCGAGAUGAGAGGAUAGUUUCUCGAGCAAUUGAAUUGAAUGAUCAGCUUCAGAAAGUUCUUGCAAGACAUGAAGACCUUGUUUCUGGAAGAGCUACAAAGCCUGCUAAUGAACAUGUUCCGAAAGUUAUACCAAGACGCCAUGACGUUGUAUCUGGCAGAGCUACAACAACUGCUAAUGAACAGUUUCCGAAAGUUCUACCAAGACGCGAUGACGUUGUAUCUGUCAGAGCGACAACAACUGCUAACGAACAGUUUCCAAAAGUUCUUCCAAGACGCAAUGACGUUGUAUCUGGCAGAGCUACACCAACUGCUAUUACUAGUUUUGAUCAUGAUGAAUCAGAGGAGGAAGAGGAGCCUGAACAGUUAGUACGAAGAUUACGCAAAGGGAAGGCUUGUGCAAGGCCUGAAGACGAAGAAACUGAAACAGACAUCUCUCGCAUGCGUUUGAAUGGGGAAAGACUCAAUCGUCCUUUAAUACGGCCACUGUCCGUAGAACCAUCUCGAGAAGCAUACAGUCCUGCUCCUCAACCGGCUUUAAUCCCACCUCCACGUCCGAAACAGAACGGGGAGCUUCCUCCCGUGGCAAUUCCACCGCCACCUGCAAAACACAUGGAGAGGGAGAGGUUUUUUCAGGAAAACAAGGAUGCUUCUAAUGUGUCUGGCCACAUGAGAGGUCUCUCUUUACAUAGUCGUAACAGCUCUCACAGUGGAAGCUUUGAUUUUAGUGACUGAUAUCUUUAACAAAAUAACAACAAAACCUCUUUUGUUUUGUUUUUUGGUCUAAAUUUGGAGUUGGUAUUUUUAUGUUGUGAGAAGUUUGCGGUUUCUGAUCUAGUCUUGUUGGCCUAUUGGUGACUUUGGAAAGGGGAAAAAGAAGGAAAGACAUGUCUGCAGUUCAUGAAAUACUUGUAAUUAUAAAGUUUUCUAGAUCAUAUGAUAUGACCUGAUAUUUUAAAGUUUCAGGUGCUAGUGACUAGUGUGAUCAAUGAUAUAUAUACUUUUCCGUAA